AUUUGCCUAUCAUGUUUUAAAGAACACACACAGAUUAUAUUAUUAUUGUCGACGAUGACGUUAAUAAUAUGCAUAGUUUUCGUCUACUCCCCCACUACCUGCUUGUUUGUCGUUUGAGGCGAAUUACUUCAUACUUGAAUUAUAGGACACGACAUUGCAAUGUGCGUGUGCACGUGUACCAAAAACGCGUCGUUGUCACAAUAUUAAAAUGAUUGUCAUACUGCUGACUUUAGACGUGCGUCGACGACGUCGCGGUUUUUGACUUUUAUCUCUGUUCAUUCGGAGUCGUCCGAGUGAGAGAGUCGUUCGGUGGUUGAAUGUGGGAGCGGUAGAGAGAGAUAAUGAGAAAAAAAAUAUCUCGUUUGACAGUGACGGGCUUUGCUAAUGGCUAAACUGACUCGAGUCUCGAGUGGCCGUCGCCGACGACGAUAAAAAAAAAUAAAAUAAACUUUAGCCGAGGACGAGGUCUCAGCCGUUCGCCGCCCACCGACUUGUCGUCGCGCGUUGUAACCGUUUAUUAAACAUUCGCAGGACGACAUCACACAAUAACACCUUUAUAUACCUAUGAUUUUAUAUUUAUGAUAAUAAUAUGUACAUGUCAUAUGUGUGUAAUACAAUAUCAUAAUAAUAUGUAAUGUUGUACACAUAAUAACAAUACAAAUAUUAAUAAUAAUAAUAAUAAUAAUACCGUCGAGUGCGACGGCCGACGAGUGUUUUUGUUUUCAUUCGUCGUUGGCUCGGGGAAUCUGUCGCUCACGCCGUCUGAAUAAUAUUGUGCGUUGAAAAACAAACGGAGAGGAUAGAGACAGAAAAAAAAAACGUUAACAAAAAAUUCGCAACCACAGCAGAAAUCGCGUAUCGUUGUUGUUAUAUUAUUAUUAUUAUUAUUAUUAUUAAUUAUAAUUCGUUAUUAUUAACGACGACACAAUCGUUGAAAUAGGUAUCGUCGUUGUGUAAUUCGUAGCCGCCGUUAACAUUCUCGUCGACGAUAUUAUUAUGAUACCUAUUAUUAUUAUUAUUAUUAUUACUAUUACUAUUAUGUAAGCCCUCGGCGGGCCCGCGUAAAACCAAAGUCUGACGAGCGCCCUCGUCGUCCCCUCCCGCCGUCCGCCCACCAACCCACCCACCCAUCGCACCGAAAGCCCGACAACUUGUCGUCCACACGGUGUCGCGCGCGCCGCUGUCAGUUACUCAGUUGCCCAAAAGGUCGAGUCCGGUAUGGUGACGGUUACCGCCACAACAGACUACAGUGAGUGGUCGUUGCCGUCGACGUCUUGUCCGUGCCACUGUCGCUAUAGUACAAUCGUUUUUAUUGUUGCUGCUGCUGCUACUGCUCGUCGCACGGCCAUGUAGUAGUGGAUAGUCGGUUGGCUGAGACUCCGUCUGGACGUUAGUAGCAAUAUAUCCGUCGACAAUAGUCAGCAAAUCGAAAAUAAAUUUAUUGUUAGGUAGUUAAGCUAUGCAAACACCAUGGCUCGUGUGCCACCACAUCCGUCAGCCGGACACAACAACCCAUUGGUCAACCGUCUGGUGCGUGUUGGAUACUACGAACUGGAAAAGACGAUUGGCAAAGGUAACUUUGCCGUUGUCAAGCUGGCCAAACAUGUUGUCACAAACUCCAAGGUUGCCAUUAAAAUAAUUGAUAAGACACAAUUAAAUGAGGAUAAUUUGAAAAAAAUAUUUAGGGAAAUUCAAAUUAUGUCAAAACUUAAUCAUCCUCAUAUAGUGAGAUUAUUUCAGGUUAUGGAAACUGAAAAAAUGAUUUACUUGGUAACUGAAUAUGCUGCUGGAGGAGAAAUAUUCGAUUUUCUGGUAAAAAAAGGAAGAAUGGACGAACCUGCUGCUUGUCAUAUUUUUAAACAAAUUGUGGAAGCUGUAAGCUAUUGCCAUAAUAAAAACAUAGUUCAUAGAGAUUUGAAAGCAGAAAAUUUGCUGUUAGAUGCUGAUAACAACAUUAAACUUGCAGAUUUUGGAUUUAGCAAUCAUUUUUAUGAAGGGAAAUUACUUUCUACAUGGUGUGGUUCUCCUCCUUAUGCAGCACCAGAAUUAUUUCAAGGACAAGAAUAUGAUGGACCAAAAGCUGAUAUUUGGAGUUUAGGUGUAGUAUUGUAUGUAUUGGUUUGUGGUUCUCUUCCAUUUGAUGGAAAUACUUUAAAAGUACUUCGAGCUAAUGUUCUUUCUGGAAUGUUUCGUGUGCCAUACUUCAUGUCAGCUGCAUGUGAACAUUUAAUACGACAUAUGUUAGUCAUUGAACCUGAAAAGAGACUAAGUCUGAAUCAAAUAGAGUCUCAUAAAUGGAUUAAACAGCUGUCUGAACCAGUUACCAAAAGAUUAAUAGUGGAUGUAAACCCAAUGAUGAAUACAGCAGUAAUAGAACUUAUGUUACAGUUACCUGGUUUAGAUAAAGAUAUGAUUGUUAAUUCUGUUCAACAAAAAAAAUUUGAUCAUGUCAGUGCAAUUUACCAUUUAUUGGUUGACAAAUUAGAUACAACUGUUAAUCAAAGCAAUACUACUAAUCAAUCAUUAGUUAAUGAGACUAAUAUAGAUGGAUCUGUUAAUAUCAAUUCAAAUUUAAUUGAAAAUUUACCAUUAUAUUCGAUGUCACUUUAUGGUCAAGAUGGCUCAAUUUAUGACAGUCAGCAAUUAGAAAAGUAUGGUGAUGUUGAUAUUGGAGAAUCUGCUAGUUCAAAUAAGACUCAAGAUAGUCACCCAGUUACUACUCGUCGCCAUACCGUUGGUCCAGGAAAUGGUUUAAUGACUCAAGUGAUGGAAUCACAUUACAUUACACACCUCCAAACUGGACGUAAUGUAAAUGUUUUACCAAAUACAAAUUUGCCUUUGAACAUUCCAUUAGUUGAAUUUCAAUCUCCUAAAAAUUUUACAAUUAAAGAUCAACAUUUAUUAAAACCGCCACAAGUUAUGGGAGCAAAUAACAACUUUGGUAGACGUGCAUCAGAUGGUGGUGCAAAUUUACAAAUGUCACAAAAAAUGAAUUGUACAUUUAGUGAACCAAGUAGCAAAGAAGAUUUAAAAAAACAAGUAAAAAUUGAUCCAAAUGAUUUAAGAAACGCAAUAAUCGAUCAAUCCAGUAAAGGAAACUUAUUGUCCGAAGAUAAUAAUGUAUCAGCUAGUUCUAGUCGUUAUACAAAAGUAAUGUGUAAUACUUCUAGACAUGGAAUGGGAAAUAAAGAAGAAUCCCAGGGCCAACAAACUAAUUUACAAAAUACAAGAACUAGACGUAGUGGUGUAUCAACUGUAAUGGAUAGACCUCCAGUCAUUAGUCCUGAAGUGGUGCGUGAAGUAGAAGCACGUAUGAAUCGAGAGUAUGUACCACCACCAUUACCAAUGGUCAGCACUCCUAGACAUAGUCACCGUAUAUCUCAGGUUUCAGUUUUACCAACAGUACAAGAACUGCAUAGACAUUCAGGUCGAGAAAGUUUAAAAGAUGUAAGUGGUUAUUUACCAUCUGAACGAUAUAGUCCUGUUAGAAGAACAAGUGAACCAGUUGUUACAUCUAGUGAACAUCUAGAGCAACCUAAUAUACGUAAUAUUCAACAGGAACAUAUUCAACUUCAACAAAAAUUAAGUGAAAAUACAUUGGAUACCUGGGACCAUGCUGAAUUACAAAUGCUUCAUACAUAUCAUUUACAAAGUCUGCAAACAUUAGUAGAUCAAACUCCAUUUAUAAAUGCAACUACUAAUCAUCAGGGUAAUUCAAAUAUUCUUAGCCAACAUUUGCAAAAUUUAAAUUUACACCAAGCACCUUUAGUUAAUGUUCCACAAACCCAAGGUUCAAUUACUCAAGGUACUCCAAAUAUAAUGUCCAAUCAUCAAAUUCCAGUUCCAUUGGAUUUACGAACGAAUAAUAAAUUGAAUCCUCAACCAACUAUUGUAGUAGAAGAUAAAACAUUAGAAAUUUAUGAAGAAAAGCUUCUUCCAAAUCCAGAAAUAUCACUCAUGAUAACUAACGAAGAAGGUGGUAUGAUGGAAGUUGACACAUUACUGACAAAUUCGGUGAAUUCUAUGAAUACAAAUAAUACUUUACUAAGAAAAUCAAGUACUGAUCAACCACUUUCAGCUAUACAUGAUGGUUAUGAAGAAAUCAAUCAUAUAACUGCUGAUAGAAAUAAUAUUAUAACUGAUAUGGAUUCAUCAACUUGUUUGAAAACUGCUCCACUUUUUUCUGACUAUAUUCUAAAAAGAACAGCUAGUGAUGCAUUUGUUGUGGACUUGUCUGAUUUCUAUUCCAAUUUUACCUCUGGUAAUAUACUCAACAUUGUCAAAUAUUUGAUAUCAUCCAACAUUCGGGUAUGGCCUGUGCUAGAUAGACAAAAUGUAUUGCAAUUUCCAACAGGCUUGCAAAUUGAACUGGAAGUGUGUUCAAACGAUACGGGUGCCAAUUCGUAUUUAAAAAUUCAACGACUUUCUGGAGAUUCAACUGAAUACAAUAACAUUUGUCAUAGGCUAGUCGAAGACUAUUUACCUUGUAAUAAAUAAUAUUGUUAAUCAUAAUAUUAUUUUUAAUCUUUUCAUGGCUGUGCUACUUUUGUGAAUGCAAUUAAUUAAUAUUAGUCAUUAGUUUUAAUAAGCAUCUUUCGUUAUUAGAAUUUAUCAAUUAACACCUUAAUCAUGCAGUUGUGAAUUAUAACUAAUCAUCUUUAUCUUAUACGGACUGAUAUCAAUAUAAAUUAUAUAUUUUACCAAACUCAUUUGAGAUUUUCAUUUAAAUAAUUAUAUUUUAUAAAUUUUUUAAUUUAAUGUGCGUUUGUAAAGUGGCAGCACAAAAUGUAUUCCAUUUGUUCUAUUCCAAUGACUAUGUAAUCAAAUAUAUUGUAUAUUUAGCUAAUAAAUGUAAAUACAGUUAUUGUAUAUUUAUUUUCAAUUGUUAAAAUAAUUUUAUCAUAUUGUUAACUCGUUUUUUUUUCUUAAUUUUUACUUAUAUGUCUUCAAGCAUAUGAUAGUAAAAUUAAUGCAUUUUAGAAUAGAAUAUUAUAUAGUUUUAGCAAAUAAAAAAUUAGAAAAAUUAAGCAUGUCUUGAUCAAAACCGUAUUAUACUCGCAAUAAAUGUUGUCAAAUUUCAUAACUCACGUCAGUUCAGAAGUCUUAAUUUUAAUUUAACACCAAUUAUCUACUAAAACUUGUAUAUAUUGUUAUUUUUAAAAAAAAUUUUAAAAUCUAUUUGGUAUUUUAAAUUUUACUUCUGGGCUGUACAAGUAUCUUCAAUACUCCAAUAUUGAUUCGUUGGUAUUUGUUUGUUAUUAUUUUUUUACUUUUUUAUUUUAUUUUUUUUAUUUAAAAAAUGUUUAUUGUGAUCUUUUUAUUGUUAUUUUAAUAUUAUAUUUUUUUUCGCAGUCUUCUGUGAACCAUGUUUACCACCAUUGGCUAUUUUUAACCUUAUUUUAUUCUAACUUUAAUAGUUUAUAUUAUUGUAAUUUAUAUAUGUGUGUGCUCAAUAUUAAUGUUGUGUACAUGUUAUUUGUUGUUAUUAUUAUUAUUAUUAUUAUUAUAUAUAUAUAUAUGUAUGUUUAUGUGUGUAUGUAUUUUUUUUUGUGUAUUACAAUGUUAUUGAACACUAAACUUUAAGCUCAACGCCAAUGUUGUGGACAUGUUAAUUGUUAUUAUCUAUACAUUCCAUUAUGUACGUAUAGAAUAUUGUGAUAGACUAAUUAAUCAAAUACUACAAUUUUUUUUUUCUUUUUUGUUAAUUAUUUAAUUUUAAUGCAUCCGGCAAUGCACUCUUGUUAAGAAAAAUGUAAAAAAAAUUUAAGCCAUUAUAUAUUUAUAUACAAUAUAAAAUGUACCAUUAUAAUUUUAAUAUUAAUAUGUUUUUAACCAUAUUUCAAAUGGAAAAAAAAUAUAUAAAAAUUAUUUAUCAACCAAUAAAUGGAUGAACAUUAAUAAUAGAAUUAUUCAUUAACCAUACUUAAA